GCUUGACCCUCGGGGGGUUCCAAAGAGGACACACCACCCUGAAGCAGCGGAUGCUUCAGUGAAGAUCCGCCAUGCCUGCAUGCGUACGAGCCGAUGGGCGAGCCAUCCAAUGAUAUUUGCCCCAUUUGUUUGGAUGAUGCGCCGACGGAUGCGGUGAUUUGCCCGUGUCCUGGGUCCCAUGUUUUUUGCAACGACUGCCUCGCAGCAUCCAAAGCUCUAUGUUGCCCCUUGUGUCGGAAUAGAUCGGAACCAGUGGUGCGUUUCCUCUUCAGCCUGCAAAGACCAGGACAAGGUCAAGUGGAAUGGAUGAUCGACCAGCUGAUGGAAUCAGCGCUGCAGGGGAACAUGCAAAUCUUGCGAAUCCUUGUGGAGUGGAACUGCCCCGUCAACAUCGAUGAUAGCGACUUGCAACCUUUGCACGUAGCUGCGCAAGAGGGGCACACUGCCAUCACUCAAUUUCUGGUUGAAGCUCGCGCCAGAGUUGAAGCAUCAGAUGCUGAUGAGGGUGCCACACCACUAUCACUGGCGGCCUUCAAGGGGCAUUUAGAAACGGUGCAGUUUCUGGUUCAGGUGAGGGCGCAGUUGGAUCGCUUUGAUGGAGAUUGUCUUACACCCUUCAUGGCUGCCUGCAGUGGUGGCCAUGUCGAAGUGGCCCGUUUCCUUUUAGAUGCGCGUUCUGAUCCGCAGAAGUGCAGCAUUUGGGGCUUCACCGCGCUCCACAUCGCUGUGGAGGACAUGUGUACCGAGGUGUGCCAGUGGCUACUGCGAGAAGCGCGGGGAAUCGUGGUCAACGCUUUAGCGCAAUAUGACGAGACCAUUCUCCACAUGGCAGGGCGGAUGGACCACUGGGAAGUCAUCGACAUGAUGCAAAGCCCCUUUGGUCGCGCCUUGGUCGAAGCACGAACCACCACUGGCUUCUCAGCGCUACACUUAGCCUGUGCACUUGGAAACUUGAAGGCGGUUGAUUCAUUGCUACGACUACGGGCUGAUCUGAACGCCAGGACCUCACACGAUGUCACUGCUCUCCAUUUGGCUACGGAGAACGGGCACCUCCUCACGGUGAAAUACUUGUUGCUCAUGGGAGCCAAGAUCAACACUCCUUGCAACUGUUUUCAUGUUCAUCAUUCCCUAUUGGAUUGGCACCUUCCCAGGGAUUCCGGCAACUUGCUCAAUGUUGAGGUGGGUGCUCGAGUGAGCUUCAACCUCGCAGAGUUCAACAGUUCGGCUCCUGGAAGCCAAUGGGUCUCUGGAGUGGUGGAGGCCAUCGAGCAGGACCCUGACUCACCAGACCGCUUUGAAGACCUCUUGAUGGUGAACACUGGAGAAAUCACUUGCGCCGUGUCGAGGUACCACUGUAUGCCGCAUUUGCCUUCCACGUUGGUGGAAAGCCGCCAUGUCAUUGCAACCGGUGAGACGGUAUACAUCAAGGCGCCCAUUUACUGCAGCUCAGGGGAUUGGAUUUUGGUGCCUGGGGAUGUUGGCCAUGUGGUGGCCAUUUAUUCAUCAGGGGAAUAUGAGGUGGAAGCUGCCUGGGACGCGUCGAAGUCGAGAUACCUGGCAACUCGUGAUGAUUUGAUUCCUUUCCUUCAAGAAGAGGCUCUCCAUACUGCGGCGCGCAAGGGGUAUUUGGACAUCGUCAAAGAGCUUCUCGAGGCCCGAGCCGACAUGGAAGCCGGGCCGAGGACUGCACUUCACUGUGCCGCCCAAAGUGGCCACUUAGAAGUUGUGCAGAUGCUCCUGGCAGCCAGGGCUGAUAUUGAUGCGCAGUGGUUGGUUUCAAAUUCCGCCUUGGAAACUGCUGCUUCGGCUGGGCAAGAAGCGGUUGUGGCAUACUUUCUGGACAGCAAGGCGGCACUCCAUUCGCGACGACCGUUACAAGUUUUGGCGGAGGCAACAGCGGCAACGCGGGCGGCUGGAAAUCCAACCGAAGUCUUGGUGGAACAAUUGCUCGAACUGAUGGGUGGCUUUGCAGAUUGCGAUGAGUGGCUGGCGGAGACCGACCUCUGGUUAGAUCGCAACUGCCUUCUACACUUGAGAGACUUAGGUAUGGAUUGCUUGCUGAAAGGCGAUGAGGUGUGCGCUGCUGGGAUUUCCGAACUCUUGGGCCGUGUGAGAUGCUGUGAUGCACCGCACCGAGUGUGCGAGAGAUGGGGGUCUGAGACCCGAAAGGGCCUCAAAUGGCAAUGAGUGAUGGGCACACGUAGCUUCUUGUUGCGCCCGUAGCCAUGGCCUCCACCGUGCGUAGCUUCUUGCUACUAGUAUGGCCAGGAGCGCCCCGUUCGUAGUGUCCUUGCUCCGUUCGUAGCGAUGUCCUUUGUUACUAGUACCAAACGGGCUUGUCCCGGAGGUCCUUUUUCUGCCAAUGGCCACCUUAAGUACACAGGACCGAAACAGAAGGGCCUGGUGCCGUGUGGCCUUGGACCGGAAAA